GAGCAGGCGAGGAACCUUUCACACAAAUCAGCCGAAGAAAGAACAGCUUGGUCUUGGGAGGGGAGGUCUCCAUGGGGAAGAAGAGGAGGCAGGAUCCAGGGAGGGACGACUCGAGCUCCUCCCAUGCCAAGCGGUCUUGCCACUGCCAGAACGGGGAGAAGAGCAGGCCAAAUGAUGGGAUGCCGCCUCGGGAGGGGCUUGCAGAUAUCAUUCGCGCGGUUAUCGAAUUGAAAGACGUCAUGCAUGUAAUCUUCUCAUCUCCUGAUUCACCGGAAAACUGUGUUUCUUUUUAUUUUAUUUUUCCUACCAAAAAAAAAUGUGUGGAGGCUCUUGCUACUUUGGGCUCUUGUUAGUACAGUUGAUGAAAGGGUUCCUGUUUCGAUACAACCCUCCUCACUUAAUAAACAUAUAAAGGGCAAUAUAAACCUUUAACAAAUUAAGCGCACUUUCAUACAUGUAUGGUGGGUCGUAUACAUAAUAGUGAAAAGGGAGAAAUAAGCCAAACCUUGCCAUGUGACCGGAGUCGAACUCCAAACCUUGCCAUGCAUGCAAGCUAUGCUAGCUAGCCGACCUAGUGACUGAGGACGUUAAAAUACUAAUUAAUGGAGCAGAUCCGGGUUAUUUACUUUUCCAAUAUUUCUUGGAAAAAGAUGUGAACAAAUUUCUUGAAAAUGCAAAAAAAUGUUUGAAAAUUGUAAAAAAAAUUCGAAUAUACUUUUGCUAAAUGUGAAUAAUAUUCUAAAAAAAUAUAUAGUUUUUUUAAAACUGUGAAUUUUUUUGAAAGCUGAACAAUUUUUUAAAAAGUGAAUUUAAAAUACACAAUGAACAAUUUACUAGUAUACGGUGAACAUUAUUCAAAUACAGACUGAACAAUUUUUAAAAUAUUUGAUGAACUUUUCUCAAAUGCACGCUGAACAAAAUUUCUAUACAUGAUGAACAUUUUUACUACACAACAAAGGUUUUUUUUUCAAUGUAUGGUGAACAUUUUUCUUCAACACAGUGAACUUUUUUUAAACAUGAAGAACUUUUGGAAAAUAAAUAAAAUUGGAAUUUCGAAAUUUUAUUGGAAUUUGGAAUUCCAAACUUUUUCUAAACGAGAAUAAAUUUGGAAAGCGUGAACAUUUUUUGAAAACAUGAACAGAAUUUGGAACUUCAAACAUUUUUUUGAACAUUCUAAAUUUUUUUAUCAAAAUUUUGAAUUUAUGGAAAACAAAAAUGAAACAGAAAAGGUUAAAAAAUAAAUGAAAAGGGAGAAAUAAGCCAAAAAUAAAAAAUAAAGAAAAACUGGAAAAUGCUGUAAAAGAAAAAGUAAACAGUAAAAUAAACUCUGGGAACCUGCUAGAAGGUUCCCAAAACCGGUAGCUCGCUCGAAGUGGGCCUUCACAUGUCGUGUCGGAUGCUCGCUCCGCUUCAGCAAUGCAACGACGGUUUGACGCUCACGGUGUUGGCAAUCGUUCAAACCUAGCAUGGAUGCCUACCAUGGACAUGUCCACCUGCUGACAAAAGUUGUCGCCAUUUCAGGAAUGUCCCAAAAUCAACGUUCGGUGUCUGGUUAGGCCAAAAGAAUCAGUUUCACGUUGUUUCUCGACAUCCGUCAAAUGUCCCCAACUUUUAUAUUGUCUUGUACUACCAAUUCAAGGCACCAUGCUAAGUUGUUUGAGUUUUUGAAUUUUUUUGCAUUAUUUUGGAGUUUUCUCGGUGAAAAAUGACCGAUAAAUGGCCAGAUGUGAUGCAACCUACAUAUAGUGUCAGAAAUCACUCAACCUGGCAUGGAUGCAUACCAUGGGCAUGCUCACUGCUGGCAAAAGUUGGGGUCAUUUUAUGCAUGUCUAAAAAUAGACUAGGUUCAACAAAGGGUGUUCGAGUAGGCCAGAAGGGUCCGAAGAUUGGAAUGAUGGUAUCAAUGUGCCGCAUUGAAAUGAGAGUGGCUAUAUCGCUAUCAAUCAAGGUGGGACAAAUCAGCCAUCUCCACAGAUUGCUAGUUUGCUGAAAACAAUCCAGCUUUUGCCAAAAGAAAGCCAAACUCUCAUCCAGAUGCAUCUUGAUUCACAUCUCUAUAUGAUAAUAUGCACGACCGAUUCUCGUAUCUGCUGAUACAAUAGAUUCUUUCCAAAGAUAACCCUAACCCGCCAGAAGGGUCCGUAUGAGAGCACAUUUUUUCGGCAUCGUCAAAUGAUCCUAAAUUGUUUCCAUGAGCUUAUAUGACCAAUUCAAGGCACCAUACCAAAUUGUUUGAGUUUUUGACAUUUUUUGCAUUUUCUACAGUUUUCUCAAUGAAAAAAUGGUCGGCAAAUGGCCCGACGGGACACAACCUGCACAUGGUGUUUGAAAUCGCUCAAACCUGGCAUGGAUGCCUACCAUGGGCAUUCCCACUGCUGGCAAAAGUUGGGUUCAUUUCAUGCAUGUCUAAAAAUAAACCAUGUGCAACGGAGAGUGUUCGGGUACACCAGAAGGUUUCAUAUGAGAGCACAUUUUUAUGCAUCGUCAAAUGAUCCUAAAUUUGUACAUGAGCUUAUAUGACCAACUCAAGGCAACAUGCCAAGUUGUUUGAGUUUUUGACAAUUCUUGCAUUUUCUGGAGUUUUCUCGGUGAAAAAUGGUUGGACGUGACGCAACUUGCAUAAUGUGUUGGAAAUCAUUCAAACAUGGCAUGGAUGCCUAUUAUGGGCAUGCCACCUGCUGGCAAAAAUUUGGGUCAUUUGAUGCAUGUCUAAAAAAUCAUGUUCAACGGACUGUAUUCGGGUAAGCGAGAAGGGUCUGUAUGUGAGUAUGUUUUUCGGCAUCAUUAAAUGACCGCAAUAUUUUUCCAUGAGCUUAUAUGACCAAUGCAAGGCACCAUGACAAGUUUCUUGAGUUUUCAACAAUUCUUGCAUUUUUUUAGUUUUCUCGGUGAAAAAUGACCGAUAAAUGGUCGGGCGUAACAUGCAUAUGGUGUCGAAUUCAUUCAAAUCUGACAUGGAUGCCUAUCAUAAGCAUGCCAACCUGCUGGCAAAAGUUAGGUCACUCGAAGAAUUUCCAAAACUAAACCAUGUUCGACAAAGGUUGUUCGGGUAGGGCAUCAACCCUAGUGAUCAACCAGUGAAAAUGGAAUAAUAAAGUAAGUUCUGAUAUCAUAGUGCUCGCGCAGCUAGAAGGCUCUGUCUAAGUGCAAGUUGUUUCUCGACAACCCUGAAAUGGCCCCAAUAUUUUUUCAUGCCAAGUUGUUUCAAUUUCUGACAAUUUUGCAUUUUCUAGAGUUUUCUUGUUUAAAAAAGGCCGAUAAAUGGUCGGACAUGUUGCAACUUGCAUACACUAUGAAAGUUGUUCAAAUCAGCCAUAGAUGCCUACCAUGGGAAUUCCCACCUUGCAAAAGUUGGGGUCAUCUCAAGGAUGUCUAAAAAUAGACCAUGUUCAACGGAUCGUGAUCAGGUAAGGCCAGAAUGGUUCAUUUGAAAGCACAUUGUUUCUCGACAUCGUCAAAUGACCCUAAAGAAUUUCCACCACUUUCUGUGACGAAUUCAAGGCAUCAUGCCAAGUUGUUUGGAUUUUUGACGAGUUUUACAAUUUCUAAAGUUCUCUUAGUGAAAAGGGUCGAUAAAUGGCCGGACGUGUCGCAAGGUGCAAACGGUGUCGAAAGUCGUUCAAACCUAGCAUGGAUAUCUCAUAUGCCCGUGCCAGGCUGCUGCAAGAAGUUGAGGUCACUUAUCCAUAGUCCAAAAAACACCACUUGAGAGAAGUGUGCCACACUAAGGAUGCGUUUGGUUCAAGGUGUGGUAUGAAUGGGUUGGGACCGUCCAAUUUUUUUGGGAUUGGACCAUUCAAUUCAUGUGUUUGGCUGAAUAUAAGAGAUGAGCUAAUUAUUUAGGACGGGACGACCAGUCAUGCUCACAUGGUCAUCCAUGCAAAGGGUGGCCAUUUGAUUCGACCGAUUUUGUUGGGUGGAACGGUUCAGCUUCUUCGAGCCAUAUUCUCCUUUCUUGACAUGAACCAUUCAAGUGCUAUAUAACCAAACAUGUCUAUUUUUUGGACGAUUCCAACCCAUCCGCGGCCACCCUUGCAACCAAACGCACCUAAGUCAGACGGGCUCAUCCGUGAGCAUGUAGUUUUUCCUAAAUUGAAUGCUUCUAUUAUUUGCAAUUUCCGUCAUUAUCAAUCAACAUGAACCUUUUCUUAUGUCCUAACCAUUUCUUGGAAUUUGUCAAUAGUUUUGGAAUUUUAAAUUAUGUAUGAAAAUUUUACAAACUUGAACACUUUUUUUCAAAAUUGUUAACAAAAUCCCAACAAUUGAUGAAAAUUUUGAAGAAAAAUUGCAAACCAUGUACUUUUCUUUUGAAAUUUAUCAACGAUUUGGGAAACAAAAACAUUUCCUAAAUUUGUGAACAAAAUUUCAAAAUGGGAACAUUUUAUGAAUUCCAUAAUAUUUUUUAAAAUUGUAAAUAAUAUUAGAAACAAGAUUAUUUUUUUAGUAUUUUAAACAAAUUUGAAAUGUUUCCAAGAAUAUGUUUGCAAAUUUGAAAAAUUGUUCACGUUUCCAUGAAAAUGUUUGCAAUUUUGAAAAAUUGUUCGUCUUCUCGAAAAUAUGUCGCACUUUGAGAAAAAUAUUAACAUUUGAAAAAAUGUUCGUAAAUGUAAAAAAGUUCACAAAAUCAAUUAGUUGUUUUUAUUUUUCAUAAAAGGUUCGCAUAUUUGAAAAUAUGUUUGCGUUUCCAAUUUUUUUAAAAUAUUUCAUAUUUUUGAAAAUGUUAGUGUUUUCAAAAAACAUUUCAAAAAUUGAAAAACACAUUAGCUACAAUACACCCUCGGUCGGUUUGUAUAGUGUCCGGCCUGGUUGUACAGUGUCGGUAUGAUCUGCUACAAUAUGUCAAUUCUAUUUGAUAAGAAACCGCGCUACAUACAUAACCAAAGCUGCCCUGUUCUAGUGGCUAUCAAUGUGCUCAUGACAGCUGGAGGUGCUUCUUUGAAUGCCUAGAUUUUCGAUCCCGAGCCACAGUACACACUCACUACUGGGCUGGCCCAUGGCGGACUCCCCCUAGGCCGUCUCUAUUUUCAGAGCGCGGGUGACGUAUGUUUAAGAAAGACCUACCAUUUAUUAUGAAGGGUAUGAAGGGAUUUCCUCAGUUGAUGUGUUUAGAGGGGUUGUACUGAAGCGGAAGUGUUGAUGAAAUUAGGAAUCUGAAUAUCUAAAGGGUUAAAUUGAGCACAGAGGAAAGAUUCAAGAGAAAAUUUAAAAUGCUGAAGGAAAAGAGGAAAAAAGACAAGAACAAUCACGAGGAAGAUCUCAGAGUACUCAAGGAAGACCUCACAAAACUCAAGAAAAAUCAAGAAGAGCUUGAAAUACAAAUCCAGGAGAUGCGGAAAGAAGAGUGUGCUGAAGUAAAUCAUUACAAGGCAUCUCCAUCUCAGAGAUCACAACUAAGCCAAUCAACAAGAUUUCGACUAGUCAUUGAAAAUAGCGUGAGCAGAACAAUUUACAAAAAGGGAACUAUAGAGACUGAGGAUGGUGGAGGUCACAUAAAAGUUGUCAUGUACGAUGGUGGCAAUCCAAUUGCGUCUAACCACCGUCUUGCUUCAGUAAGAGUUGAGAUAGUUGUCAUUGAAGGAGGGUUUGAUGAAAAGCGAGAUUUAUGGUCUAAAGAGGAGUUCGAGGAAAGCAUAAUGAAACCAAGAAGAACAACGACAUUGACAAGUCUAGUGAAAAACGGUACAUUUAAUCUGAUUGCUGGGAGUUGUGAUCAUGAAGGUGCCAUUAUUAUGGAUAAUUCACAGCAAAGGGAAGUUAAGCUUGGAGUAAGGAUCACAGUGCCUACAGAAACAAGAGUUCUUGAAGGAGUAUCAAAUCCUUUCAAAGUGCAGGAAGGCAAGACAAAAAAGCCAGCACCAAACAAAACGGGUAAAAACCCUUCUCCUCUAGUUCCAACGCGAAACUUGGUACAGCCAACUAGCACCCACGCAACACAAGAUGGUAAAGACCGUGGAAAACAUUCAGAAUUUCCAACUGAUGGUACUGCAGAGGAUAAUCAACUGAGUUAUCCACCAGCUACCGUGCGACUGAUGGUUGAGGGAAAUGGGCAAGCCCUAAACGGCAAUAGUCAACAAUCUUCUCAACAAAUUCCAACGCCAAUCUUGUGGCAGCCAACCCGCACCCACCCAUUGCAACACGACCAAGGGCGUAGCCCGCCACCACCUACCAAGCCGAAUCCAUUGCAGGUAGCAGGAUAUUAUCCACCUUUUCCUGCAUGUCGACAAGACCAGUGCACCAGUUUACCUAAUGCAAGUUCUCAGGUUGCAUUUCCAAACCUUUCAGGGUAUGGGUUGUUAGAUGGCCAGUGGAAUCCCAUCCCUGGAGGGGAGGUAUUUAUUGAAGAUCUAAAUCAUUCAAAUGUACAGCUACCAGUUGAAGAGUAUUAUGUAGAUGCAUCAUUUACAUGUAAUCAAGUACUACUUCAAUGGGAUACCACUCAUGUGGAGCACAAGGAGCACUGGAACUUUCUUGAUCAGUUCAUGCCGCUGUAUAGCACACAGUCAAGGUUCUACAGACAGAGUUUCCCCAGUACAAGUCUCAUGGAUAAAGCCCAUAAGUUACUGGCAAGUAUUUCAUCAGGCGAUUCUGUUUUGAAGAUGAUUACCAGUGUUACAAGUCAAGCCACACAAACUCCUCAGAGGAGAGGCGUUCUCGUUUGGCCCAUUGAGCCAUAUGAUUCAGUUCAUGGGCCACUAGUUAAGAAGAAAAGGAAUACCAAAUAUCAAUUGCGAUUUGUCAAUAAGGUGUGCGAUGACUACUACACACGGGAAAAUAUCAAAUCAGAGGAUGGAAAUCUUUUAAAGGUAGCUUUGUAUGAUGAGAACAAUCGGGUAGUCACAUCUGGCCCACUGUCUUCAGUUUCUGUGGAGGUCGUACUACUUCAUGGUGAUUUCAGUGCUGAAGGUCACGAAUAUUGGACAUCAGAGGAGUUCAGUGCCUGCUUAGUGCAUCCACAAUCUGUAAUGUCAAUUGCACCAGCCUUGGGAGGUCAUCGUGUCUUGGCCCUGACAUGUGGAGAGGCAGACCUUGAUAAUAUCAAUUUCCGGACUUCCUCCUUCCAUGCCAGAUCGGGAAAGUUUGUGAUGGGUAUUGAAAUUAGAAAUGUAAGAGAAGAGAGUGUUCAAGAAGGAAUAACUAACGCAUUUCUCGUGAGAGUUCGCCAAGGGGAAGUAACUGGAACUGGCGAGGAGAUGGCAGAGCCACCGUUCGGGUUGACAUUGCAGACCGCCACCACCUCUGACGCAACAAAGAGGAAGCCCUGGCCAGACAGGAUACUAGACCAGGACCCCGAGGUGGUUUCGCUGUCGCUGCAGACGCUGCUGUUGGACAUGUACGUGUGUGAGAUCUGCAGCAAGGGGUUCCAGAGCGACCAGCAACUGCAGCUGCACCGGCAGAGCCACAACUUGCCAUGGAAGCUGAAGGCCGGCAAGGCGGCGCGGAAGCGUGUGUUCGUGUGCCCGGAACCGAGCUGCCUGCACCACGACCCCUCUCACGCCCUCGGCGGCCUCGUUGCCAUCAAGAAGCACUUCCGCCGCGAGCACAGCGACACUGCCACUAUGCCUGAAACCGCUGCUCCAGGGCUUUCCCCGCCCACUCCUGCGCAAGGUUUUGAAUUUUGGUAGCAAGAAAAAUUUUGAUGACCCUCGAAACCUAUGAAAUUUCGUAAAUUUCAAAAUCUGUAUGGACAAAUAAACAAAAAAUUUAAUUAAAUUUGAAUAAAAUUAAAUUUAAGCACAGGAAUAUAUUUCUGUUAGCAGCCCUUGUACAUGGAAACACAUGUAUCUCAGUGAUGCAGGUCUAACCUGUGAAACCAGGUUCGACUCUCGCCAACACAUGUAUCUCAGUGGUGCAGGUCUAACCUGCGAAAACAAGUUCGACUCUCGCCAA